AGCAUUACUUAGUCAGCAGUCAGCAACAACAGCACCAAAGAAGAGAGAGAAACACAAAAAAGUAAACAAUUCAAUUCAAUUCGAAUCCAAAAGCUCUUUUUUCCUGGAAAAAUUAUCUCUUUCUUCUCCCACUGCCAGCUUAACUGCAAGUCGUGAGAACAAGAAAGAAGAUAUACAGAGACAGAGUCGCUUCUAAGAGAAGUUUUGUCUUUUUUUCAGAGGAGAGAGAAAAAGAAGAAAACACGGAAGAUAAAGUUAGAAGAAAAAUUCAUUCUUUGAAAUUUUAAUUUCUGGGUUUUGCUUGUUGUGUGAUAUGGCCACAUGGGUUUAGAUUUAUUUUUCUGUUGCAGAAAAGAAUUUGAUUGUUUUCCGUAAAUUUGAAAGUUUCUGUAAGUUUUUGGAGAGAGAGUAAGAAAGCUAUGGCUUUGAGUUCAAUUUUUUGCUGCGGCAAGGGUUUUGAUCGGAAAAAGAAAGGAGAAAAUAAGGCAGCGUGGAGGAUAUUUUCUUUGAAGGAAUUGCAUUCAGCUACGAAUAAUUUUAACUAUGAUAACAAACUUGGAGAAGGUGGUUUUGGAAGUGUGUACUGGGGUCAACUCUGGGAUGGAUCACAGAUUGCAGUCAAAAGGUUGAAGGUUUGGAGUGAUAAAGCAGAAGUAGAGUUUUCUGUUGAGGUCGAGGUUUUAGCACGAGUACGCCAUAAAAAUUUGCUAACGUUACGUGGCUACUGCAUGGAAGGGCAAGAACGACUCAUUGUGUAUGAUUUUAUGCCAAAUUCAAGUCUAUUAUCCCAUCUGCAUGGGCAGCAUUCAGCAGAAUGUCUUCUUGACUGGAAAAGAAGGAUGAACAUCGCUAUCGGAUCUGCAGAGGGAAUUCUAUACCUGCAUCAUCAUGCGACCCCACAUAUAAUUCACAGAGACAUAAAAGCUAGCAACGUGUUGCUAGACUCUGAUUUCCAAGCAAAGGUAGCUGAUUUUGGGUUUGCGAAACUUGUUCCGGAUGGCGCAACACAUGUAACCACUAAGGUGAAGGGCACACUUGGAUACCUAGCCCCGGAAUAUGCCAUGCUUGGGAAGGCAUCAAACAGCUGCGAUGUAUAUAGCUAUGGAAUACUGCUGCUGGAAAUUGCCAGUGGCAGAAGAGCUCUUCAGAGGCUAAAUCCAACUUCAAGGAGCUCAAUCACCGAUUGGGCUCUUCCAUUGGUCCGUGAGGGGAACUAUAGAGAACUAGCAGACCCGAAAUUGAACGACAAUUUUGUGGAAGAAGAGCUGAGACGAUUAAUCGUGGUUGCUCUUACAUGUGCUCAGAAACAGCCUGAGAAAAGGCCAACGAUGCUUGAGGUGGUGGAGCUGUUGAAGGGAGAAGCAAAAGACAAACUAACCAACCUAGAAGAUAAAUUGUUUAAGAGUUCACAAUCUGCUGAUGACAAGAAUGAAAUCAAAGAAGAUAAUGCAGACUCUAUAUCAGAAGAGAAAAGCGUCACUCCAAAAGCAGAAUCUAAAGUUGCUGGUUCUGGGUCCGAAAGUGCACAGGAUCGGUGAGGGAAACUUUAGAGUGAGUAUUCAUUAAUUUGUGAUUAGAACAGUCUGAUUUGUGGAAUUUGGUAUCUUGCUAGAAAGUAACACAACUUCUAGUUGCAAGUUCGGUAGUGAUACGAUGUGUUUAUAUUCUGAUGCUUUUGGU